CUUUUCUCACAGCGGCAUGAGUAGUAUCAGGUCCUUCGAUUCCACUUGUUUAUUUUUCAUUUGUUCACGACGAUAUCUUUUGUGUACCAUAAGGAUUCUUAAGAAGUUGAAGUCCGCAUCAAUUUGAAUUUCAAUAGAUUGCAAAAUGAAAAAACUUCAAUGGCCCCUUUUCGGUGACAAAAAUGGAAAGUCCAGCAUCGAGGUCUAUCACCAUGGCCGAGUGGAGGCAGAGGUAAAAAUCAAACCAGACUGCUCGCAUGAGGACCAACACGACGGCGCUUGGCGGUUCGGCUAUGAUUACAAGAGAAGCAAGCCAGACAGAAACAACAGACCGACCUGGGAAUCCUUGCAAAAGGAAAAGAUCGCGAUCGUGCGAAAUGUCAUACCGAGACAUGUUUUGGAAGAGGCAAGGAACGCAAUUGGCGACACGGACGGCUUGCUGAGCAGAAUAGACGUCCAGCAGAGUGACGAGGUGCUGGGUGUGCUGGAGAAUGAGAAUCUAGUGAAGUGUGUCCGAUCCAUGUUGGAAAUCGUGCAGAAUGAUAAAGAGCAAGAAGAAAGAAAUGCUGUGGCCGCCCAUUGUGCGGAAGGAAAAGACGAGCCUCGAGCUGUUGAACCCGAAGGAGCAGUUGUUGUAGAGCCACGAAAUAAAACUACUGCACAAAGCGAAAAAGUCCUUGAGACAACAAGUUACAAAUGGCUUCGAUGUGUCAAGGAGCUGAAGUACACCGGGCUGCAUCGGGAUUUUUUCUACCUGCAAAACGACAAGUACUACACCGUUUGGAUCCCGUUUUUGCCCAGAACAGAAUUGCAGCACGGGGCUCUGGUCUGGCAGUCCUUGAUGUCGGAGGAAGAGAAGAAGGAAGAGCGAGACAGCAAAAGCGAGCGCGUGGCUGCCAUGCCGGAAAUAAGCGAACAAAAUAAGGCUACAAAUAUAAUCACCGACGUCGAGCAUUAGCGCGAAAGUACCCCUAACGAAAAAAUCUCCAACAAAUUGCAAAAGUUUUCGAAAUUUUUUGUCGUCGUUGUUUUGUUACGCGUUGCGAUGGUAUGGGCCGAGAUGGCCAGCAGGCUUGGUAUGUGGCCGGUGUGGGGGAGUUCUGGCCGCGAGGCCUGGUGAGGCCGCAGGCCCGGUGCAGCAUAAAGCUUGGGGCUGACAGCCCAUCGCGUCAUGGCGCGCGAGUCGUUUUAGUGAUUAUUUUGGCCGUGAAAGCGUUUGCGCCUUUUUUCCAAAAUUCGGCCAAAAAUAAAUCGCAGGCGGGCCCGUUUUUCGGCGCCCAAAUUUCCGGCGGACCGCAGACGGACUGCAGACGGACCACACUUGGGCAACAAAACAAAUUUUCAAAAUUCCCAAAGUGAGGCGAUUCCUUAGGGCUUUUGCAGGCUCGAGCCAAUUCGGGUGAUUUUGUUUGCACAAAAAGGAUUUGUUUUUGCAACAAGCGGAAUUUGGGAAAAAUUUGUUUUUGCACAAAAAAAAUUUGGGAAGGCGUUACGAAUGGGGGGUAAGAUUGGGGGUUGAGAAUUUUUCUUUCCCGGGAAGCAGGACGCCGUGCUGCGUGAACGCAAUCCAUGUCGCGGCUGCAGAAUUAGUGCUGUGGGCCCGGAUGGUUGGGCAACCUCCCGCGCAAGUCGGGCCUACAUUCCGAAGGCUUCAACAUGGCAGGCCUCGGCAUUCCAGUUGCCCCGGUCAUGGCCGCAGAAAGAGUCACGCCCUUUUUGGGGGUUUUCGCGACGACAAAAAAAAACGAAAUUUGUUGGAUUCAGAUUCCUUAGGGCUCCUUUCUGCCCAACGAGCAGGGGGUGGGGGACGCGUCCUCGACGACCAGUGAGGGUCCAGCACCCACUUCAGCCGCCAAGAGAGAAUCCAUCUGUUCGCCCGAGAAACCGACGGUGAAAAAGCGAAAAGUCCUCGAGGAGGACGCCCCAGCGAGCGGAGGCGGGGAAGAAGUAGAUCCUGUAAAAACUACAGAUGAAUCGGCAGCACAGCAAAGCAAUGGCACCACUUCCGGGUGGCUGUGCCUUGACGCGUCGGAAUACGAACAUCCGGAAGGCUUCUGCUGGCGCUCGACGGAUUUCGAGGCCGGGGACAUCGCGAUUUUUGACAUGAGCUUGCUCCACAUGACCGUACCAAAUCUGUCGGCUGUGAACAGGAUAUCCUGCGACACCAGGUGGCGACUGCGGCGACGAGAUGUUUGUGCAGCAGAUAUUGAAACAGAGAAAGAACCGAAAGCAUUGGGGUGGAAAGAAGUUCCAUAUGAAAGUGUGAUUCCCGAGGACUAAUAAGCAGUAUACCGAUCCCGUUUUCUUAUACUUUUUACGUUUACCUUGAAGGACGACUAUGAAGCGAGACAUAACGAAUAUUCUUACCUGUCUGAGA